CGUUUCACGGUGGGUAGCACCGCAGCGUGGAUGCUGCUCGGUCCCGCCGCGGCCCCCAGAGCGUGGAGCCCGAGUGGCCGGGCGGGGCCGGGCAGGGGCACCGUCAGGAGUCCCUCCACCGCCCACCCUGGGCCCUCGGCCAGGGGCAGUCUGGUGUCGCGGCCGCACCCUGUGGCCGCGGGCGGCGGACAAAGGGCCAUGCGGGGCUGGGGGACCCGGCGCGGGGCGCACGGGAGCCGGGGGCCGCAGCGGCGCCACUGAGUGCGUCCCGGGGCGGGGCGGGGCCGGCCGCGAUGCCGUGGUUCCCGGUGAAGAAGAUCCGCAAACAGAUCAAGCUGCUGCUUCUGCUGGUGCUGCUCACCUGCGCCGCGUGGCUCACGUACGUGCACCUGAGCCUGGUGCGCCAGGGCCGCGCGCUGCGCCAGCGGCUGGGCUACGGGCGAGACGGCGAGAAGCUGAGCAGUGUGACAGACGGCCGGGGUGUCCGUGCUGCGCUGUCCACGCAGAGGGCAGAGGACUCCAGCGAGAGCCGUGAGGAGGAGCAGGUGCCCGAGGGUCGGGCCCCAGACAUGCUGUUUCCUGGGGGCGCUGGAAGGCCACUGUCACUCAACCUCACCCAUCAGGCGCCCCCGUGGAGGGAGGAGUACAAGGGGCAGGUGAACCUGCACGUGUUUGAGGACUGGUGUGGGGGCGCCGUGGGCCACCUGAGGAGGAACCUGCACUUUCCACUCUUCCCGCACACUCGCACCACCGUGAAGAAGCUGGCUGUGUCCCCCAAGUGGAAGAACUAUGGCCUCCGGAUUUUCGGCUUCAUCCACCCGGCGAGAGAUGGAGAUGUCCAGUUCUCCGUGGCUUCGGAUGACAACUCUGAGUUCUGGCUCAGCCCAAACGAGAGCCCAGCGGGUGCCCAGCUGGUGGCCUUUGUGGGCAAGACUGGCUCGGAGUGGACAGCGCCUGGAGAAUUCACCAAGUUCAGCUCCCAGGUGUCCAAGCCCAGGCGGCUCAUGGCCUCCCGGAGGUACUACUUUGAGCUGCUGCACAAGCAGGACGACCACGGCUCGGACCAUGUGGAAGUGGGCUGGCGAGCCUUCCUGCCCGGCCUGAAGUUCGAGGUCAUAGGCUCUGCUCAUAUCUCCCUAUACACAGAUGAGUCAGCUCUGAAGAUGGACCACGUGGCCCAUGUCCCCCAAUCUCCAGCCAGCCACGUGGGACUGGGCCUGCGGCAGGAGGAGCCCAGAGCCGACAUGCUGCGGCCUGACCCCCGAGACACCUUCUUCCUCACGCCUCGGGUGGAACCCUCGAGUCUGGAGAAUGUGCUGGAGCCCUGCGCCUACGCCCCCACCUACGUCGUCAAGGACUUUCCCAUUGCAAGAUACCAAGGACUGCAGUUCGUGUACCUGUCCUUCGUGUAUCCCAAUGACCACACGCGCCUGACUCACAUGGAAAGCGAUAACAAGUGCUUCUACCGCGAGUCGCCACUGUAUCUGGAAAGGUUUGGCUUCUACAAAUACAUGAAGAUGGACCGGGAGGAGGGGGAGGAAGACGAGGAGGAGGAGGUGCAGCGCCGAGCCUUCCUCUUCCUCAACCCUGCCGACCUCCUGGACGACGACGAAGACGGAGAGCCGCCUGAUGGGCUGGAGCCCACCCGGGCGUCCGCACACUGGGCGUCCCAGGCGCCCAGCACCCUUCGGUUCCCCGCCGCUGCCCCCACCCAGGCCCCAGCCACGCCCGGCCCGCCAACGCCCCCCAGGCGCUCUCGGGCGCUGAACUGGGCUGCACACCCCCUUCCCCUCUUCUUGGGCCGCGCCCCACCACCCCGUGCUGCAGCCGAGCGGCCGCCCCCAAGGGUGUAUGUGACGCGGGUACGGCCGCGACUGCGGGCGCCCCCGCGGGCCCUGGCACCGCUGAGCCCGCGCGGCCCCCCCUGGCCGCCCUUCCCUGGUGUCUUUCUGCGGCCCAGACCUCUGCCCAGGGUGCAGCUGCGCGCGCCCCCACGCCCGCCCCGGGCCCGCGGGCGCAGGACCCGUCCCCAGGCCACAGAGCUGAGGCCUCUGGCCCGGGCACCGGCCACCCAGGGGAGCCAGGAGGGACAGGCACGUGCACCCGGACUCACGGCCCCCACCGCGGACUCAAACUCUUCGUCCGAAGCGCAGCCCGUGACCUCCUUCCUGAGCUUGUCCCAGGUGUCCAGGCCACAGCUGCCGGGGGAGGGCGAGGAGGAGGAGGAAGAGGAGGAAGGGGACGAUGACGAGGAAGGGGCGCCGGGUGAUGAGGCCGCGUCAGAGGACAGCGAGGAGGCAGCUGGCCCGUCGCGCGGCCGCUGGCGCGAGGACGCCAUCGACUGGCAGCGCACGUUCAGCGUGGGCAACGUGGACUUCGAGCUGCUGCGCUCCGACUGGAACGACCUGCGCUGCAACGUGUCGGGGAACCUGCAGCUGCCAGAGGCCGAGGCCGUGGACGUGGUGGCCCAGUACAUGGAGCGCCUCAACGCGCGCCACGGCGGGCGCUACGCCCUUCUGCGCAUCGUGAACGUGGAAAAGCGCCGAGACUCCGCGCGCGGAAGCCGUUUCCUGCUGGAGCUGGAGCUGCAGGAGCGCGGCGGUCGCCGCCUGCGCCUCUCUGAGUACGUCUUCCUGCGACUGCCUGGAGCCCGUGCCGGAGACGCGGAUGGAGACGGAGAGAGUCCGGAGCCAGCUCCCGCCGCCUCCCUGCGCCCCGACGGGCGCCCUGAGCUGUGCCGCCCGCUGCGCCUGGCCUGGCGCCAGGAUGUGAUGGUACACUUCAUCGUGCCAGUGAAGAACCAGGCGCGCUGGGUGGUACAGUUCCUGGCAGACAUGGCCGCGCUGCAGGUCCGCACAGGAGACUCUCGCUUCAGCGUCAUCCUGGUGGACUUUGAGAGCGAGGACAUGGAUGUGGAGCAGGCCCUGCGUGCAGCGCGGCUGCCCAGGUACCAGUACCUCAGGCGAACGGGAAACUUCGAGCGCUCUGCAGGGUUGCAAGCUGGAGUGGACGCGGUGGAGGAUGCCAGCAGCAUCAUUUUCCUCUGCGACCUGCACAUCCACUUCCCUGCCAAUAUCCUGGAUGGCAUCCGCAAGCACUGUGUGGAGGGCAAGCUGGCCUUUGCGCCUGUGGUCAUGCGCCUGGGCUGCGGGAGCUCGCCAGGGGACCCCCACGGCUACUGGGAGGUGAACGGCUUUGGCCUCUUCGGGAUCUACAAGUCGGACUUCGACCGCAUCGGAGGCAUGAACACAGAGGAGUUCCGAGACCAGUGGGGAGGCGAGGACUGGGAGCUCCUGGACAGGGUCCUGCAGGCAGGGCUGGAGGUGGAGCGGCUCCGACUGCGGAACUUCUACCACCACUUCCACUCCAAGCGGGGGAUGUGGGGCACGCGCAGCCGGAAGACCCCCGGCAAGGAGGUGCCUUGAAGACCAGCAACCCCUCCUCCAGCUUCGCAGCCCUGGCAGCUGGAGGCCGGCGCUGAGCCUGGACUCUAGGGACCUAGCGGGGCUCAGCCCUGGGCACAGCCACCACCCGUGCCUGCAGCCCCCUGGCCCACCCCAGCCACGGCCCCCUUGGCGCCGCUCCCCAGAGAAGCAGCCUCCACAGCGGGCCAGGGUCAGCCUGGUCCCCACGCCCUGUGAGACGAUUUCUGUGAAAUUUUGCCGUAGCGAUGACGUUGUUUUCAGGAUUUCCAAGAGUUACGUCUGUUCCAUUUUUUAUUCAGAAUGAAAUAUUUUUUUUAGUUCUGGUUCAUCCUCUGUGCCCGGCUCUCUUGGGAAGGCAAAGACGAGCCGCAGCGAUGGCAGGAGAGCCCCCCACCCUUGAGACCGCUCACCUCUUCGCGCAUUUCCCCUUCGAGCUUCCUCGUGGGCCCUAGAGGAAAGGCUCUGGACCUUCCCCUCGUCACCGUGACCGGCACGCACGGCCUGGCCCUUCCAGCCCCGCGCAGAGAAUUUCUGCGACCUCCUUUGUCCCCUUCCUGGUGAAAACCGACCUUGGACGUCGGGCCUGCCCAUCUCCCUCAAAGAUGCAGAAGCACUCUGCAUCCUGGGGUGGCAGGGGGCUUUCUGUGACCAGGUUGGGGGGUGUAGGCUAGGACCAAGUUGCCAUAAAUGGAAAACCCAAUGCAAGCGGGUUUAGGCCAUAUCGGCGGUGGGGGGUGGGGGGUGUUGUUUGUUUGACUUUUCUCGUGUACCUAGAAGUGCAGGGUCAGGAGCAGCCCAAAGAACGCGGACACGGGCUGGGUGAUGCCGUCAAGAGCCUGCUCCUCCCCGGGUCCCAGUCACGGCAGGGAGGCCGGUGCCCUGCCUGGCAGCAUGUGCACCGCCUGUAUGAGUUCCUCACGGCUGCUGUGACAAGUUUCCACAAACAUAAUGGAAUUUACUGUCUUACUCUCUGGAGGUCGGAAGCCCUAAAAUCAAGGCUUCCACAGGCCUGCGCUCCGUCGGAGGCGUUACCUGAAUCUGCUUCCUUCCUUUCCCAGCUUCCAGAGGCCACCUAGACUUCUUGGUUCACGGCCUCUUCCUUUGUCUUCAAAAGCAGCAGCCUUUACCAUUUCCACUCACUCUCCCUUCCUCCCUCACACCUCAGCCACCGUCAUCACGUCUUCUCAGACCUGUGCCUCCGGCCUCCCUCUUUGAAGGACCCCCUGAGGACCUUGGACCCACCCAGACCGCCCAGGGAGCUGCCCCAUCUUAGGCAACACCCUGUACUUACUCUGCAAAGUCCCUCUGGCCGUGUCAGGUGACAGCCACAGGGCCUCUUUGGGGCCGUUACGCUGUGUGCGCCCCCUCACACGCACUCAGCGGGAAGGCAGCAUAUCUGCUCAGCACCCCAGACAGGCCUCAUGAGACAGGCCUCUCACCAUGAACACAGGGCAGCCGGAGGGUUUCUGUGGAAGUGGAGCCAGAGGAACCUGCCACGUGGGUCCCGAGAAGACCCUAGAGACGGCCCUGCUGGAAGGGAUGGGGAGGGGCCUUCAGCUCUGUGGCUGCUGAGCAGGGCGGCCAGCAGGUGCUUGUGAAUGCUUAGUCGCUUGUGACCUGGGCUGGUCCAUGUAGGGCAAGUGCCCACAGGGCGGAGGACACAGCUGACCUGCCAGAGGCCCCCAGUUCAUUCUGCCCACUCCUCCCCAAGUGUCUAGUUCAGAUGAAAUGGUCCCCACUCACAGAUGUUUCCUAACAAGAAAAGAAGUAGCACUAGAAUUAAGAAUACAUACUCCAAAAUGGGGUGAGGGGUGUAAUUAACAGGUAGGUAAAGCACACACAUCAGCGAAACAAUUUCCCCUGGAAGCAGAAGCGGUCUGCCUGCUCUGGACAUACGCAUGCCAUCAGGUCUUCCUCCGUGUUAGCAGCGUCCACUGAGCACCCACUCUGGAACAGACACCGACCAAGAAGCGGCGAACAAGGCAGACAAGGAUCCCUGCCCUUACAGAUUUAAAUUCUAGUGAAGGGUGAGGUGGAGCUGACAGUAGACAGCAAAGAAAAUGUAGAGCAAGUUAGCUGGUAGCAGCUAUUGUAAAAGAUCGAAGCCAGGAGAGAGGACAGGGAGUCUGCGGGACGCUGCCCUUGUAAUUCGUGGUCAGAACAAGCCUGAGAGUGUGACACCCCAGCAAAGCCCUGGGGUGGUUGUGAGGCUGCCAACGAGAGAGACUGGGGAGAGGGAAAGGUCAGGGGCAACAUUUGAGGGGUUAUUUUUCUUGUUUUCUUCUCUUUUUCUUUUUUUUUU